UAGGAUUACUUCCACAAAUAAUGAAAUUCCAGUUGGAAGGUGAUGGUUAGUAGUUAGAUUGAGCAAUUAAUGUUUGGUAUAACUAGAAAUCGUGAAUUUUCAAAACUCCAAUAUUUAUUUAUUUAAAUUAGAUAAAGGCUCCAUUUAUUUCGACAGCCAUUUCCAUUGAUAAUAGUAGUUGGCCAAAUUAGCCAUUAAAUUUUCCUAUGUCAGAAGUCAAAGAAACUCUUUAAAUACACUCAUAUAUCAUCACUUCCCAACCACAUUCAAAAACCUUCUUCUCCUCCUCCCCCAAAUCCUCACACACAAAGCACACGCACAAAACCCUAAUUUUUUCGAAUUAAAGCUCCAGAAAAUGGGGAAUGGCGAGGCGGAGGCGGCGGGGAGGAUCUCGGUGGACGCGGAGGCGGCUGGAGGGAGAAACAACCUCCCAAACUUCCUCCAAUCGGUGAAGCUGAAAUACGUGAAGCUCGGCUACCACUACACGAUCUCGCACGCGAUGUACCUCCUCCUCCUCCCGAUCCUCGCGAUCGCCGCCGUCAACCUCUCCGCCGUGACCGCCGCGGACCUGAUCCUCCUCUACGAGCAGCUGCGCUUCAACCUCGUCGCCGUCGUGGCGUGCUCGACGCUGAUGGUCUUCCUCGGCACGCUCUACUUCAUGACGCGGCCGCGGAGGGUCUACCUCGUGGACUUCGCCUGCUACAAGCCCGACGCGAAGGUGAUGUGCAGCAAGGAGAUCUUCAUGGAGCGGUCGCGGCAGGCGGAGAGCUUCACGGAGGAGAAUCUCGGCUUCCAGAAGAAGAUUCUGGAGCGGUCGGGGCUGGGGCAGAAGACGUACUUCCCCGAGGCGCUGAUGCGCGUGCCGGCGGAGCCGUCGAUGGCGGAGGCCAGGAAGGAGGCGGAGAUGGUGAUGUUCGGCGCCAUCGACGAGCUGCUGGCGAAGACCGGCGUGAAGGCGAAGGAUAUAGGGAUCCUUGUGGUGAACUGUAGCCUGUUCAAUCCGACGCCGUCGCUCUCCGCCAUGGUUGUGAAUCGGUACAAGCUGAGGGGGAAUGUCUUGAGCUAUAAUCUCGGCGGGAUGGGCUGCAGCGCCGGCUUGAUCUCCAUUGAUCUUGCUAAACAGCUCUUGCAGGUGCACCCGAACUCGCACGCGCUAGUGGUGAGCAUGGAGAACAUCACUUUGAACUGGUACUUCGGCAACAACCGGUCGAUGCUGGUCUCGAACUGCAUCUUCCGCAUGGGCGGCGCCGCCAUCCUCCUCUCGAACCGCCCCGCGGACCGGCGUCGCGCCAAGUACCAGCUCAUCCACACCGUCCGCACCCACAAGGGCGCGGACGACAAGAGCUACGGCUGCGUCUUCCAGGAGGAGGACGACGCCAGGCACGUGGGCGUCGCCCUCUCCAAGGACCUCAUGGCCGUGGCCGGCGAGGCCCUCAAGACCAACAUCACCACCCUGGGCCCACUCGUCCUCCCCAUGUCCGAGCAGCUCCUCUUCCUCGUCACCCUCGUCGCCCGGAAGGUCUUCAAGAUGCAGAUCAAGCCUUACAUACCGGACUUCAAGCUGGCGUUCGAGCACUUCUGCAUCCACGCCGGGGGGCGGGCGGUGCUCGACGAGCUCGAGAGGAACCUCGACCUCAGCGAGUGGCACAUGGAACCUUCGCGUAUGACCUUGUACAGGUUCGGGAACACCUCGAGCAGCUCGCUCUGGUACGAGCUGGCCUACACGGAGGCCAAGGGCCGGAUCCGGAGGGGCGACCGCACGUGGCAGAUCGCCUUCGGGUCCGGCUUCAAGUGCAACAGCGCCGUGUGGCGGGCGCUGAGGACCGUCGAUCCGGCCAAGGAGAAGAAUCCGUGGAUGGAUGAGAUUCAUGAUUUUCCGGUGGAGGUGCCUAGGGUGGCCACCAUUAAUUAGUUGAUUUGAUUCAAACAAUUUCUUGCUUUUUUUUUUUUUUUUUUGGAAUUCAUAUUAUUAGUUACUACAUUAUUUCUGGUUGUGGGAUUUGUUGAGGGGGCAUGAAGUUUGUUGCUAGAGAUCAUAGUGUUAUGAUCAUAGUUCAUGUGGAGACAUACAUUAAUUUUUUUUUCUUUUCUUGUCAAGGGGGAUAUGAAACCUUGGUAAAUGACAAGGAAAGCACCUUGAUAUGUAGAUUUGUCUAAUCUUCAAUUUAAUUAGCUCAAUUGUUGUUCA